AUGACGAUAUUGUUUAAAAAACUAAAAGAAAAUGACGUAUUUAAAAAUUUUUUUCGUCAGAUUUCAAAAUAUUUAGAAAGUAAUUCAGAUGAAAGUAAAGAAAAUGAAUGUAAUAUCACUAAAUGUGAUGUUAAAAAAAACAAUAAGCUUGUAAAAAUAACUGGAAAAGAAAAUAAUUAUAUUGGCAUUAAUAACACAGUAUUUUCAUCUCAAAUUUUUGAAUUUAAAAAUAACUUGGAAAAAAGUGAGUAUCAAGAAUCUAAUUCGGAUUCAAAACCAAAACCCAAUAUUGAACAGAUUGUUACAAAUAGAAUUCUUUCCAAACAAAACGAAUAUAAUAUGAAAAAAGUAUACGCAUAUUUUAGAGAGUGCUACAAAAAACAAAUUGAAUCAGGUAAAACAUUAAUAGAUUUCAGGAGAGAAAUCAUUGGUGAAAUAUCAGAAAUAAUAUGGAAAUGCCAUCUUAAUGAAGAAGUCCUUUUUCUUGCGGUACACUUCAUGGAUAAUAUUAUUAGUAAAGAUCGGAUAAAAGGAAGCAAAACAUUGGAAAAACUAAGAUAUUUGGGGUUUACAUGUUUUUAUAUUGCAACAAAAAUUGAAAGAGUGGUGAAUUUUAAUUUUAAAGAAAUUAUUAGAAAACUGUCAAUAAAUCCUAUUAAAAUAUUGAAUAUGGAGAAAUAUGUAUUAAAUCAGCUUACAUUUAAAUUGAAUCCUAUUUCAUCGCUCUUCCUACUACAAUUUUUAAUGGGAAUUAUAAUGGAAAGCUAUUUAAAAGAUAUUAUUGGAAUAGAAAACAUAAAUUAUUUGGAAAAAGAUCUGGAAAAUAAAGAUUACAAUAACGUUUAUUUAGAUAAAUAUAAUAGUGAAAGUUUUAAAGGUUUUAACUUGCAAAAAGUUGAAAAUAUAUCUAAAUUAGAGAAUAGUUCAUCACUAAUAAUAAAUGUAUUGAAUAUGAAAAGUAGUAAAGGAAUAAAUAAAGUAUUGGAAUAUUUUAUUAGCUGUUAUUUAUUAGAGAUAUGCUUAUAUGAUAUUGAAAUAUUAAAAUAUUCUCCUUUGUGUCAAGCAAUUUCAGCACUAAUCAUUGCGAAAGAAUGUUUAGGAGCAAGAAGGGAAAGUAUUGAGAAAGAUUACAUUAAUGAGCAUUUGAAUAGAGAGGUUUUAAUAGAAGAUUAUAUAUAUAGAAAUAUUAAUGCGAUUAAAAGAACAUUAAAGUAUCCCUACAUUAAAAAAAACUGUACAACAAAGAAAUACUUAACGAACGAAUAUAUGAAUGCAGCUAAUUAUGUCUUGAGGUUUAUCUGCCCAAAAUAA